AUGGCUUUAUUAAAGAUAUGCUGUGGUAUUAUGUUGUACGUUGGCUGUAUUAGUGUACAAGAAAUACAAGGGUUUGAUGUCAGCAAGGAUAACUUGAAUACAACGACAGGCUCGUUGGCGUCAUUACCGACUUCCUCAAAAAUCUCUAUAUUCCAUUGCACAUCUAAGGACUUGUGUCAUUGCCAUAGUUCUAAAGAUAAUAGCAUAGUGGCAGACUGUUCAUAUCUGAAUAUCGAUGCGAUUCCAACGUUUCAUCCUAAUGUCACUGUGAUCCAUCUGAAUGGAAACAAUAUAAAAAAUAUUUCAGGUGAAGGAAUUCCGGAUACGGUUAAAUACUUGGACCUAUCGAGAAACAACUUAGACAUGUUCAUCGGAUUUCCUUUUAAGGAUAUGAAACAAUUACAAUAUUUAGAUUUAAGUGAUAACAAACUUCGAUAUACUAACGCAAUUUACUCCGAAAAUAUAUUUGAGGGAUUGACUCAAUUAAGAUACUUGAACAUACAACAGAAUAACAUUCAUUAUGUAUCAAGAAACUUACAUUUCCCAGUAAGCAUUUCAAAACUGAAUAUGCUUGAGACAUUACUUUUAGAUGGAGUGGAUUUAUCCGGAUUUGACGGAAGGUUCUUGCAGAUGACUAAGUUGAGGACCCUUGAUUUAUCUGGGAACAGCGGAGUAUGUCACCUAGGAAGAUUAAGGUUCGAUUACUUUCAAAACAUGUCAAAUAUCAAAUAUUUAGAUAUCUCCAGUUGCAAUAUUCAUGAAAUUGACAUUGGAACUUUUCGUGGAUUGACAAAUCUCUAUUCGCUAAAUAUUUCUUUCAACGAAUGUCUGACAUUUCGAGUACUUCCGAACGUUACACAUGAUUUACAAUAUACUCGUAUUCGUAUUUUAGACAUUAGUGGUUUACAUUGUACGUUUGGACCUAGUACAGUUAUAUACAGGGAAGAUGUUAUACACCUGAAAAACACAAACUUAACACAUGUGUACAUUGACAAUAAUCGUUUGGUUAUGCUUGAUGUUGGCGUGGCAGGAUUAAUUCCUAAAACAUUAGAAUUCAUAUCAGCAAAAUAUAAUAGCCUAACAUUUGGCAUAUACAUUAUUGAGCUAAUGUCGUCUUUACCAAGUAUUCAAAUAGUACAUGCGGAUUACCAAAAGUAUUCUCACAAUUUGCAAUCGGGUAAAAGUGAUUGUAAAGAUUGGCGGGCACCACCAUCGUCAGAUGAGAAAAUUUCCUUCAGCGUAUCGACAGAGUUACUCGACUGUAACAGGAACCCUCUCUUAAAAUUGCAUCAUGACAGUCAUAUUUUAUCUACAUAUCCUCUGCCCCCUUCGCUUAGAGAACUUUACUAUAGUUAUAAUGCUUUUGAUUUUGAAAUCGGUGCAAUUGAUUUUAGAAAUAUUAAUCUCACAGUUAUUGAUGUCAGUAAUAAUUUCUUACAUUCAUGGAAAGGGACAAUAGUAAACGUGCCAUUUUUGAAAUAUAUCGAUUUAUCAAAUAAUUACUGUACUCACAUCUCUGAAAAUUUCUUUAUGGUCGAAAAUGUCUUAGAGACACUAUUAAUUCAAAACAAUUUAUUAGGGUUGGUGCUCUACGAAGAUGUUAACGGCAACAUAUUCAAGACUCUUCAGAGUUUGAAAAUUAUCAACCUAUCUAGAAAUCACAUAUAUACAUUACCGGCACUGCUCUUCAGAAACCAACAUGAACUUCAGAUACUGAAUUUGAGUAACAACGCAUUGAAUGAGUUAAGUCUCGAUAUAUCACAUAUGAAACAUCUACAAUAUAUCGAUCUUACCCAUAAUCAGCUUAGAAGAAUAAAUCGGGAUCAACGAGACCAGAUAGAUAGCUUAAAGGACAACAAUUUAACCAUUAAUUUGCAAGGGAAUCGUAUGGACUGCUCGUGUGAGGAACUCGAUUUCCUUAAAUGGUUAGGUCGAAACAAAGAUUUGUUUGAACAUUUUCUAACAUACAAAUGUGCUUUCUCCAACGGAACAGAAAUAACGUUUUCCAAUUUUGAUACAACCUUGUUGGAAAUAAGUAAGUCGUGUGAUAGUUAUAUAGGUAUCAUAGCAGUGUGUGCUUCAGUGAUUCUGUUGUCGGUAACCUUUGUGAUUUCUGGUAUGAUCUACCGCUACAGGUGGAAACUGCGUUAUCUGUUUUACAUGGCGAAGACCCAGUAUCGUGGUUAUAGACCCGUCGUUAAUGCGGAAGACGAUGAUGACUACCUGUAUGAUGCAUUUAUAUCAUAUUGUUCAGAUGAUUAUAUGUUCGUGGUAAAGGAGAUGCUGAUCCAUUUGGAAGACAAUCACGGGCUGCGACUUUGUCUGCACCAAAGAGACUUCAUACCAGGGGAAGACAUAGCCCAGAACAUCACCAACGCUAUCCACCAAAGCAGGAAAACUGUUAUCAUACUCUCCCGGAACUAUCUUAAUUCGUACUGGUGUAUUUUCGAAUUUAACAUGGCUCGAAUGGAGAGUAUAUAUUCUAGGGGAGGCGACUCUGUCCUUUUAUUGGUGUUCUAUGAGGAUAUUCCGCCUCGAGAUUUACCACUGUCGUUACUGGAUAUUAUUGAGAGCAAAACCUAUAUCGAGUAUCCCCGUGGUGACUUGCAUGGUAAUGUUGUGUUUUGGGACGAAUUAGCGUCAUCGAUUUCUUUACGUGCGACAACUUCAGUUUGA